AUGUCAUCAAAUCAGUAUUUAACUAAAAGAUCAUUUCCAAACGGUUUUAAAAAAUCAGAUAUUGCAGCUCAACAAAGAGAACGUAGUUUUUUGAGAUCAACUCCUUUGUUUGAGAGCAAAGGAAAUAGUAUUACUAAAUCUAUUAGUGUCGAUACUCAUCAACAGCAAUUGGUUAGAGAUGACAUUACAAUUCCAAAGGUGGAUCUCCAACCAAGUUAUGAAGAUACGAACAGCCAUUUAGAAAAUGGUGAAAUAGAGGAACCUUUUAAUAACACAAUCUCUUCAAUUCCGGUGCUUUCGACUUAUCCACCUGAGUUUUCAAAUACAAUUAGCUUUCCAAAGCUAAUGACUUUAACUUCUCAGUUGCCAAAGUCUAUGGAUCAACCCCAUCUCGCCAAACAGAAUCAAAUGUAUGUUACCCCCAAUCGACCGUCAGUUUCAAAUGAUAAACAAGUAAGAAAGACUGUUCAAAACCCAAAAACAGCAAUGUUAAAUCAAAAACACAAUAACUACAAUAGUAACAGUAACAAUAACAAAAUCAACAAUAGCAAUAGAAAUAACAAUAACUACAAUAAUUACAACAAUAUUAACAACAACAACAAUGCGAUUAAUUCGACUCCUCUUGGUAGUAUUUCUGUGUAUCACAAUAGAUUUUAUUGUCCCAAGAGUAAACGAUCGUUUAUUAUCACUAGAAAUGUUCAGACAGUUAUAACUGAAGAGCAACCAAACGUAGAUAUGUCUCUUCCUUCUCCAUGGGUACUCAACUAUAAUAAUACCAUAACAAAUGCAAUACAUCACACCAACUCAAUUAGAUAUCAACAACAACAACAUCAUCAGCAACAACCAUUUUAUCAAUAA